AUGGCGGCCAGGAAGGAGUUAAAGAAUGAAGGAGGUGAAAAAUUCUCGACAAUUUCUCCAACCCGUGCGCACUCAAAACUCGGCCCGCGGGAAGAAUGGCGGUCGUUAGCGAAGCAUUUCUCACCUGUCGACGCGACUGUGGAGCUCCUCUGUUAUCCAUACCUGGCCUCAAAUGAGCCUCUAGAGCAGGCCUCGGGCAGGCCUAGAGCAGGCCUACAGCAGGACUCGGGCAGGUCUAAAGCAGUGUCUCUUGCUCUCAGUCCUGGCCUCGAAGUGUCUCUUGCUCUCAGUCCUGGCCUCGAAGUGUCUCUUGCUCUCAGUCCUGGCCUCGAAGUGUCUCUAGCUCUCAGUCCUGGCCUCGAAGUGUCUCUUGCUCUCAGUCCUGGCCUCGAAGUGUCUCUUGCUCUCAGUCCUGGCCUCGAAGAGUGUCUUGCUCUCAGUCCUGGCCUCGAAGUGUCUCUAGCUCUCAGUCCUGGCCUCGAAGUGUCUCUAGCUCUCAGUCCUGGCCUCGAAGAGUGUCUAGCUCUCAGUCCUGGCCUCGAAGAGUGUCUAGCUCUCAGUCCUGGCCUCGAAGUGUGUCUAGCUCUCAGUCCUGGCCUCGAAGUGUGUCUAGCUCUCAGUCCUGGCCUCGAAGUGUGUCUAGCUCUCAGUCCUGGCCUCGAAGUGUGUCUAGCUCUCAGUCCUGGCCUCGAAGAGUGUCUAGCUCUCAGUCCUGGCCUCUCAGUACCUAUAGACCCCCUAAUACAUCACUUCACAAUUGUCACUUUUUCGCCUUCCUAG